AUGGCUCCCAAUAACAACCCCUCGUCACCCGCCAGUUUGGCGCUGGCACUCCCCGACCUGAGACGGCCUCGACGCGACUCUGUGGCCUCGAUAUCGACUACUUCACAAGUCGACAAAGAGCAGCUAGCCCAAACUCUUAACAAGAUACAUAAUUCUGCCAGUCAAAGCGACACCUUGACGACCUUCAACGACUUCGGUCCACCCCCAUCUACCUUGCCCAUUGCCGAAAAUAAGGGACUCGCCGGGGACUUGGUCCAAAAUGGCUUCAGUGGGCUGUACAACAGAUUGAAGGAGGCUGUGGGAGGUGCUCCUUUGAGGAUGCCGGACGUGGACGAGGACACCCCCAGUAUUGCUUCCAAGAAAAGCUCGUCAACUACAAACACGGCUCCCAAACCAAUAACGGCGUCACUUCACCGCGGCGAAACUGCCGGCACAAGCUCGAGUUCAGUCCUGCCAUCCGAUGGUCUCCUCACCAGCCUCUCUAGUUCUGGAGCCGUCCUGCCCGAAGCAGACAGUCCUCUACAGACUCCCAUGUCUACUAAAUCAACCGCCAUGUCUGUCAUGACGGCCUCUAGAUCUACCACUUCGAGCAGACCCGCUGCUGUGAGCAUGCCCAAAGCAUCGGCUGUCACUGCAGUUACACCCGAUGUCGCACCUGCUUCUGUGCACCGAGACCCUAGUCAGCAGACUGUUCGGUCAGAGGAUACUCUUUUGCGGUCGUCUGGAAGACGUAGCAUCAGCAAGUCGGAUGCGCGUGGGCCGAUAUUCGCAGCAGAGAAUGCCAGCCUUUAUGAAGACUUCAAGGCCACCUCUGAGCGAGCGCAAAGCCAAAGUACCAAUCGUUCACGAAAAGAUGAUGUGGUCAGCGUGGAUGGCAGUGUUGACACACCUUUGAGCCCGACAAAAUCCGUCACACCAUCUCUGCCCUCUUUAAAGACUGACCUGCGCCACGUGCGAACUCCUUCUGGCGGCUCAUUGCUAUCAGCCCCAAGGCGGCCGGCGGUGAUCAAUAGAAUCACACGUUCUCGGUCUCCGGCCUACGCUCACUCGAGAACUUCUUCGAUGGACCAGGGAACCGCAGAGCCCAGCCCAGUCAGCACCUCGGCGCACACUCCGAUAUACCAUGAAUCAUUUUCUCACGAGUCGAGGCCUCAACAGAUGAGAUCUGGGGCCAUGCGCAUUCCUGGUACGACAAGAAAUGAGGGAGCUCCAGAAGAGGUCAAUACAAAACUCGGAUUGAUGCGAAAGCAGAUUCUGAGCAAAGAAUUCUGGAUGGCCGACGAGACCUGCAAGGAAUGUUACUCUUGCCAGCAGCCGUUUUCUGCAUUUCGGAGAAAGCAUCAUUGUCGAGUUUGCGGUUUUAUCUUUGACUCGAAAUGCACAUCGAUCAUUUCAGCCCAAAUGUUUGCCAUGUCGGGGACUUUGAGGCUCUGCAAACCAUGUCUCAAGGUACUCAACCAAGUCGAAGACAGUGCCUCGGACGACUCAGGGGACGACUCUUUCUUGCCUGCCAUCUUCCGUCCGAACCAUGCCAAGGCUGAGGCCGAGGUGACAGAAGUCGAUGUGGAAGGCGAAGAGACAAGCUUUGCUGGUAGGAUGGAGGAUCUCGACGAUGCCAGAUCUAUAUCAACGCCAAUGAUGGCCAUCCCAGCGACCAGAAGGAUUGGAAUCGACGAUUCGAAUCGGAGAUCAGCCAUCCUGGAAAUCGACGCCCCGCAGCUCAGUAGACCCAGCUCCUCCCGAUCUCUCAAGUCACUCAAUGCAGCAAGGCCUCAAUCAUCAGGUUUGGGCCACCGAAGACACCACUCAAGACAAAAUUUCUGGUCGAGAUUCAAGCCCAUUCCAGACAAUACUGCUCCUUUCCGCAAGGACGUCAAUGAGGAGAUGACGCGCAAACAAAAGUAUCCGGCAUUUCACGAAGACAACAUCAUCGACCCAGAACUGGCAGAUUACAUGUCAGACGAAUCAAGUGGAGACGAGCAAAUGAGCAUGUUCGCAACCAUGUCGAACAGCGAUCUGCAACCUUCAAGCUUUGAUCGGGAGAAGAGCAACUUUGGCUCGUUCAUCGGCGCGACUAGAAAGCAUCGCUUCCGAGGAGGAGAGAAAAGUCUCAGUGGCAUCAGCUUCACCAGUCGCGGCGGCCCCGACGAUACCGGUCUUGGUAGUCUUGCUGGUCAUAUACGAUCAUCUCGCCGGCGCAAUCUCAGCAACGUGAGCGGCAACGUACAUUAUCUUCGCUCCCCGAGACCAAAAUCAUCCGCGCUCAAAGGACCUACUAUAUCUAAUGACACUAUUUUCUCGCCAGAGAAUCCAGCGAUCGAGGCAACAAAGCUCACUCGUAGCGACUCGAUGCAGGAAGAAGAUAAAGAACCGCAGGUUGAGCUCAACUCUUCCAGCAUGCUGCAUGUGAGAAAGUUACUCCAUCAACUUUUGGAAGAUUCUAAAGUACCCAACGCCUCUGCUUGGGAGAAGGCACUGAUUCCUAUUCUGCUUCAAUGCACUGACGAUGUUGUGCCUGAUAUUCGCGCCGGCGAUGACAUGGACAUCCGUCACUACGUCAAGCUCAAAAAGAUUCCUGGCGGCAAACCAGGAGAUACCAGUUAUGUAUCUGGUGUCAUAUUCACCAAGAAUUUGGCCCUCAAAAGCAUGCCACGCCGGAUUGUCAAUCCACGCAUCGUUAUUGUGUCCUUCCCAAUCGAGUAUCAGCGCCAUCACCAACAUUUCAUGAGCUUACAGCCUGUUAUCGAGCAAGAAAAAGAGUAUCUGAGAGUUGUGGUAAACCGCAUCAUCAACUUGCGACCUGAUGUGCUGUUGUGCGAGAAGGGCGUUUCAGGUGUUGCUUUGCAAUAUCUAGCCGAAGCCAAUAUUGCCGUGGCCUACAACGUCAAGCCAUCUGUCACAUCGGCCGUGUCAAGAUGUGCCGAGACCGACAUCAUCACUUCUCUCGAUCGCUUGGCCCUUCAGAACCAGGCCGGCCGAUCAGCUGGUUUUGAAGUGAAGACCUAUGUCAAUAAAAGCUAUCCUGGAAAAAAAAAGACCUACAUCUUCCUCUCGGGUUGCGCCGAACAGCUGGGGUGCACGAUAGCCUUGCGCGGAGACUCAACUCAAGUCCUCGCCAGGAUGAAGAAGAUUACCGAGUUCAUGGUAUAUGUGGUUUACAACCUGAAGCUCGAAACGUGUCUCAUGCGGGAUGAAUUCAUUCAGUUGCCAUCAGAGGGCGAGCUCCCGUCCCUACAAUCAUCUAUUCGUCCGCAAACCGAUGACAGCUCAAGAUCAAUGAGCAUGUCAGGCGAGACGGGCCGACUUGGAUCGACUGCAUCCCAGACAUCCCCAAUGGAGUCUGAGCCGCCGUCGCAGACAAGUCAGAGUGUUUCUUUUACCGGAUCAGCAGGAGCGCACUCUGAUCAAACGGAAGAGCAGCGACCGGCGGAGCCCGUACGGACUGUCUCUCUCCAUGCCUCGCAUGUUGCCACUGAAGCUGCCGACACGCACGUACCUGAGGACGUCCCAAUGCCGACCUAUUACAGCGAUAUGGUAGCCAGAUACGAAACCAAGAUCCUAUCAGCUUCCCCUUUUGUACGAUUUGCGCAGCCACACUUGUUGAUGAAGGCGCGAGAACAAGAGCGGAGGCUAGUGUAUCUCAAGCGUCUACGGGACCAAGACGUCAUUGAGGAACAGGCAGAUUCUGAGAAGAGAUCACAGAAGUUUCAGCUCAUCAAGCCUGAGAUGGUCCAUGAAAUCGGCCAGAAGGCGCCCUCGGCAGAUUAUGGAGACACGACAAUGGAGAAUUACAUCCAAGGAACCUUGACUUUAUUCGAUCCUUAUCUCACCAGGAACAUUGUUGUCCUGUACUCUGUCAUCUGCACCGAGACAAAGAUUCCGUGUGCUGAGCCUGGACUAAUUGCCAUUGCGUUUUACGACGAGCACAUGGACCAAAGUGGCAGCAUGGAUCCUGACUGUACUCUGGGUCAGUAUAUUGAAGAUCUAUGUCUCAGCAAAGACUCGAUCUUCUUCAUCGAGCCCGCAGCCACAAAGCCAAAAUUCGUGACUGACGACAUCACGAUGUGGAGUUACUGCAAGGUAUGCAAGAGGGACUCUCCUACGAUGCCCAUGUCAGACAGCACAUGGAAGUACUCUUUCGGAAAAUACCUGGAGCUCCUUUUUUGGAGCAAGGGCCUCAAACUUCACGAGAACACAGAGUGUUUCCACGACCACCACCGCGACCACAUCAGGCUCUUCCAAUUCCGCGAGACCUGGGUCCGGAUCCAUUAUGACCCCAUUGACUUGCUAGAGAUUAUUGUACCUCGAGCCCGAAUCACUUGGAAAGUCGACAACGACUUAAAGCUGAAGAACCAAAUCUUCAGUAAGAUCGAGUCCAGGUGGAUUCGUUUCAUGACAUCUGUCAAAGUCCGAAUCAAGACAAUUAGGGUCGAUAGUGUCUUGCCAGAAAAGGCCGAAUCCUGCAGGAUCGAGGUCGACAGGCUCACGAAAAAAGCUCAAGACGACCAGGUUGCCGUGAUUCGACGGCUUCAAGAUGCUUAUGUCAACUCAAAGUAUUAUGAAGUCAUCCCCUUCAAUCCGAUCGUGAGGGAGAUGCUUGAAUAUGCCGGAGAAUGGGAUACUGCGUUCAACCAGUUCGAGGCCGAUUUCUUGGCCGAUAAGGACUUGCGGCAGUUGACGAUGCUGCAGCUGAAGAAAAUCUUCACAGACAAUGAAUCAAAAGAGUCCGUUGCGUCAACUGAAGGGAGCAUAUCGACUGUCGACACCGGAGAGCCACCGUCACAGACAUUUUCGGAUACCGACGACAAGACCACGCAGCCAACAGACUUCAGCGACCCUAGUCUGGGCGGAAGUACUGACUUGGCAGAUGACAAUGCCGCCGAGAAGGCUCAACAGGAAGAUCUUGAUGCGCCAACCGAGCAAGUUUUGGAAAGAGUCGAGCCUCUCGACCUGGCAACACCGACAUCUCCAUCCACGACAAGGCCACCCCUCUCCACAAUGGGCACAAAUACCGAUACGACCCCUUCAGCAGAGCCAGCCAAGGAGGUGGCCCCGACGGAGUCAUUUGCGACCGGCUUUGCUAACCAUGUCCAGCUUGACAACCAGCCCGGUGGUGUUUCGCUUUCCGAGAAGAUUGAGCAGCUGAGACGUGAACACCAGGCUCUAGGUGCAGAGACGCCAACGUCUGAUCAUGUCCCCGAGACCCCCCGGGCGGACCGCGGAUCAUCCCGUAGAGCGGGAAUGGCAGUGUCACCGCCCAUGAUUCGAGCAGCUUCACAGCCCAUCCACACUUUGAAAAAGGUGCAGUCAGGCAUUGGGAAGUCGAUGCUUCAAAAAGAUCCUAAAACACUGGCUGAAGCUUCUGAAACGGAAUCUUCUUUCAAGGUCGACAAGAAGCUCUCUGAGCGACUAGGCCUGGGAGGUGUGCGAGGCCACAAGAAGACUGCUCAAUCGUCAAUCCCCCGAUUCGUUCACAAGAAGAAGGAAUCCAAGGUUUUUGCCAUUGCCAAGCAUUUCGAGCAACUCAGUCGCGAGUUCGAGAAAGAAAGAAUUCGAGAAGACAAGAAGAAGCGCGCUGCACGUCAGCCACGUGCCUUCCUACCACGCACAUCGACCAAGCCCAUUGUAGAGGUUUAUGACGAUGUUGACGAUGCCGUGCAGGAGCUUGAGCCGUCAGACUACGAGGGCCCAGACGAAGGUGGCCACGAUUUCGAAAGCAGCGCAACGACGCCCAUGCUCAGGACUGCGCAGACGGCACCUGUGACGCCAGCCGCAAGGUUGGACGUAUCAGAGCCGUCGCUAGAGAAGACGCCUCCAGUUCCACAUGAUGAUGGGCACACUGGUGGCGAGACGGACGACACUGGCACUGUCAAUCAUAGUGUAGGGGGGUCGGAUGAAGAGUGCGGAGGAAGUGACAAUGAGCGAAGCCUGGACGACAUUCUACCUGACGUUAAAGAGCUGGCAGAUGCUCUAGAGCCCAGCACAGACAUUCCCCUCGAACUGCCCAAGCACCAGAAGAAGAGUCUGAUGAAGCUCCUCACCAACUUCUGGGCCGAACGCUCUGCAAGUGGCUGGCCGAUUCUCGAUUAUCCCGUCAACCCUAGCGAUCACAUUUUCAUCGACUCAGAUGUAAUUGUUAGAGAAGACGAACCCAGCUCUGUCAUUGCUUUUGCAAUGAGCUCGGAUGACUAUCUAGGCAAGCUCGCCGAUAUCCGCAAGCAAUGGCAGAUCGCCAUUCAGAAGGGCUACGAGGCAGGCAGUACUGAUGCCAAGUCAUCGGGCAUAUCGGACACAGGCGGAGAGUUUGUCGAGGCCGACCUGGAGAAAAGCCUGCUCAGGGCCACGGGCACGCAUCUGAAGUACCAGUUCAAGGAAGGUACGGCUACGAUGAUGUGCAAGAUUUUCUACGCCGAACAGUUUGAUGCAUUGCGGCGCAAGUGCGGCGCGUCAGAUCGCAUCGUUGAGUCGUUGUCUCGCUGCCUCAAGUGGGAUUCAAAGGGUGGCAAGACAAAAUCCGUGUUUCUCAAGACGCUUGACGACCGUCUCGUGUGUAAGGCUCUGUCUCCAAUCGAAACGGCAGCAUUCCUCCGGUUUGCGCCAGCGUACUUCGGCAUCAUGGCAGAAGCGCUCUUCCACGAUCUACCUUCGGUCAUUGCAAAGAUGCUGGGAUUCUUCCAGAUCAUCAUCAAGAACCCAGUGACAGGUGUCGAGAUCAAGUUAGAUUUGCUGGUCAUGGAAAACCUGUUCUAUGACCGUGCGCCGAGUCGGAUCUUUGAUCUCAAGGGAUCCAUGCGCAACCGCAAAAUUCAAUCGACAGGCGAGCAGAACGAGGUCCUGCUGGACGAGAACAUGGUUGAGUUCAUAUACGAAUCACCCCUAUUCGCGCGAGAGCAUUCGAAGAAACUUCUCCGUGCGUCAGUGUGGAACGACACGUUGUUCCUUGCGCGGCAGAACGUCAUGGACUACUCGCUGAUGGUUGCCGUUGACGAGGUCAAGAAGGAACUCGUCGUCGGCAUUAUCGACUGCAUCCGCACGUAUACCUGGGACAAGAAAUUGGAGAGUUGGAUCAAGGAUCGCGGGUUCGUGGGUGGAGGAAGGAAUCGUCCCACUGUGACGAGUCCGAAGGAAUACAAGUCACGAUUCCGAGAGGCCAUGGCGAGGUACAUCUUGCAAGCACCCAAUUGCUGGCACCAGUUUGGGGCACCGCAUCUGGCCAACACGGUCCGGCCACGGUUUGAGAACGACGGCAACCCAGAGUAG